UUGCUGUGUGACUCCUGUGGUGGAGACACUGUAAACAAGCAGAGGGGAGAAGAAGAGCAGAGGCAAACAGAAAAGGGAAGGAGGGAUACGUGUGUCAGCUCUGGGUUCUGGGAACAUCAAACCCAGGGAAGUUAUUAUGCCCCUCUGUUAGGCUGAAGACAUCUGCAGAUCAAAGGAGAAACAUUUUAUAGCACGCGCAAACAUCCACCUUCGAACUGCAUGUUUGGAUUUGAUCCAGGAUGCAGCCGUACCUCGCUCUGUUGCUGGGGAUUGUGGCCUCAGCUGCUUCAGCAGUAUGGAGGCGCCCAGUGAUAAAGUUAAACUCUGAGGUGGUGGGGAGUUCUGAGGUGGUGGUCACACCUGGGAAACCUCUUGAUCUGAGGUGUGAGGGCGACGGGUUUGUCAACUGGCAAACCAGGCUCGCCAAACACAAACGCUUUGUGUCCAAGGGCAAUGGGAAUGUCCGCACCUUGAAGGUGGAGCGCCCCUCUGCAGAAUUCACUGGGACGUACAAGUGUUUUUACACUGCUGGGUCUCAGCAGCGUGACCUGACGUCCUCAGUGCAUGUGUACGUACAAGAUCCAAGCCGUGUGUUCUGGACCAGCAGCACAUCCCUGCGGGUGGUGAGGAAAGAGGGUGAGGACUACUUGCUGCCCUGCCUGCUGACCAACCCAGCAGCCACAGACCUGGGCCUCCGCAUGGACAAUGGCACCAGCGUGCCACCAGAGAUGAACUUCACCGUUGACCGGCACCGUGGUAUUCUCAUCCACAACCUCCACCCUAGCUUCAACGCCGACUAUGUCUGCACGGCCAGGGUCAACGGAGUGGAGAGGACGUCCAAGGCCUUUUCCAUCAACGUCAUUCAGAGGCUUCGUUUCCCUCCAUAUGUCUUCUUGGAGACUGAUGAAUAUGUGCGCAUCGUUGGGGAGGAACUUAAGAUUCGCUGCACCACACACAACCCCAACUUUAACUACAACGUCACCUGGAAAUACACCACCAAGUCGAAACCAACCAUCGAGGAGAGGGUUCGCUCCAGUGGAGAAAACCGCCUGGACAUUCAGAGCAUACUGACCAUCUCUACUGUUGACCUGGCAGACACAGGAAAUAUUUCCUGCAUCGGUACUAAUGAAGCAGGGGUGAACAGUUCAACCACAUACCUGCUGGUUGUGGACGAGCCCUACAUCAGGCUGUUGCCCCAGCUGUCUCCCAAACUGGCCCACCAGGGUCUUUCAGUCGAGGUGAAUGAGGGAGAAGAUCUGGAGCUCAGUGUCCUCAUCGAGGCUUAUCCUCACAUUAUAGAGCACAGAUGGCACACGCCAACAUCUCCCAACACGUCCACACAGGACCACAGAUUCAUCCGAUACAACAACAGAUACCAUGCAACCCUGCAGCUGAAGAGAAUGAAUGCACAGGAGCAGGGCCAGUACACUUUUUAUGCCAGGAGUGACUUGGCCAAUGCAUCCAUCACGUUCCAAGUCCAAAUGUAUCAGAGACCUGUUGCUGUGGUGAGAUGGGAAAAUGUAACCACACUCACUUGCACUUCGUUUGGCUAUCCUGCUCCCAGGAUCAUCUGGUACCAAUGUUUCGGGAUACGGCCUACGUGCAAUGAAAACACCUCAGGGCUACAGAUGGCAAUCCCUCUCCAGGCUCCCACAGUGGAGGUCCAGCGUGAGGAGUACGGCGCCGUGGAGGUGGAGAGCGUCCUCACCGUGGGGCCGUCCACUCAGAGGAUGACGGUGGAGUGUGUGGCCUUCAACCUUGUCGGUGUCAGUAGCGACACCUUUGCCAUGGAGGUCUCUGAUAAACUCUUCACUUCCACUCUGACUGGCGCAGCAGGAAUACUGGCCAUCCUCCUUGUGCUCCUGGUUUUUCUGUUUUACAAAUAUAAGCAAAAGCCCAGGUAUGAGAUCCGUUGGAAGAUCAUUGAGGCAAGAGUUGGAAACAACUACACUUUCAUUGACCCCACUCAGCUGCCGUACAACGAGAAGUGGGAGUUCCCCAGAGACAAGCUGAAGCUCGGGAAGAUCCUGGGCGCAGGAGCUUUCGGGAAGGUUGUUGAGGCCACAGCCUUCGGCCUGGGAAAGGAAGACAAUGUGAUGCGUGUGGCUGUGAAAAUGCUGAAAGCCAGUGCCCAUUCAGAUGAGAGGGAGGCUCUGAUGUCUGAACUGAAGAUCCUGAGCCACCUUGGACACCACAAGAACAUCGUCAAUCUACUGGGAGCCUGCACCUAUGGAGGACCAGUGCUUGUGAUCACAGAGUACUGCAGCCUUGGCGACCUCCUGAACUUCCUUCGCCACAAGGCAGAGACGUUUGUGAAUUUUGUCAUGAACAUUCCCGACAUCAUGGAGAGCUCAAACGACUACAAGAACAUCUGCAGCCAGAAACAGUUCAUUAGAAGCGACAGCGGGAUCUCCACUGCAUCAUCGAGCAGUUACAUGGAGAUGAGGCCCAGCCAGCUGCCGAGUGCAGAAUCGCGUCAAGACACUGUGUGUGAGGGGACUGGUGACUGGCCACUGGACAUUGACGACUUGCUGAGGUUUUCCUUUCAAGUGGCUCAGGGCCUGGACUUUUUAGCUGCCAAAAAUUGUAUUCACAGAGACGUAGCUGCUAGAAAUGUCCUAUUGACCUGCCGCAGGGAGGCCAAGAUCUGUGACUUUGGCCUGGCUCGUGACAUCAUGAAUGACUCCAACUACGUGGUGAAGGGCAACGCACGUCUGCCAGUGAAGUGGAUGGCUCCCGAGAGUAUUUUUGACUGUGUGUACACCGUCCAAAGUGAUGUCUGGUCCUACGGCAUCCUCCUGUGGGAGAUCUUCUCUUUAGGUAAGAGCCCCUACCCCUGCAUGGCUGUGGACUCCAGGUUCUACAAGAUGGUGAAGCGUGGCUACCAAAUGUCCCAACCCGACUUUGCCCCACCUGAAAUCUACACAAUCAUGAAGAUGUGCUGGAAUCUGGAGCCCACAGAGCGUCCGACGUUCAGUAAGAUCAGUCAGAUGAUAAAGAGACUACUGGGGGACCAACCUGAGCAGGAACAGCUAAUCUACCAGAAUGUUCAGCAGCAGGUCACAGAGGGUGAAGUGUGUGACGAGUCCAAGUGCUGCAACGGCCCCUGUGACCAGUCUUGUGACCACGAGGAAGAGGAGCAGCCUCUGAUGAAGACCAACAACUAUCAGUUCUGUUGAACGCCCUAACCCACCAAACAAUCAGUAAAUCCAUCACUCAUCGACAAGCAUCCGGAAAGUGGAAUAAGCUGUCGUUUGUGGCCCAAAGUACCACAGCUUGUUCCAAGUGCUGGACGGUUGCAGAGAGAUGCCUUCACAGCUAUUUUUUGCUGUUUGUGUCUGCUCACCAGACAGACAGCAGCUGCAGCGAGCAUGUGACUUGCUUCUUUGCAGACCAUGACUAGAAAUUGCCACGUCUCAAACCGACUGCAGACAUGAAAGCAGGAAACAUGUCGACAAACCGAGCAAACAUCCCAAGCAGUACCUUAAACGCUACUGUCUCGGGGACUGUAUAAUCUGUUACAGUAUCCAAAAAGACAAAUCUAUUUGUCCUUUCUUCUGUGUUCAAAAUUAUAUGUAUUGUACACAAAGUUUAUUACUUUUUGUUUUUAUUUUUUACUACUGCCCUCGAGAGUGAAUGUCUUGUUUUUGUCACUUUUGUCAGCAGGUUCACUUCCUUUUCACCAUUCACAUGUAUGUUUUUCUCAGAGGAAGCAACCUCACAGUCACAAACACUGGAUCCAAAGCUGUGCAAACUGAUCCAGCCGUCUUUAUGUGGCGCAGACGGGCUGGAUCACCUUAAUUGAGCAUCUGAACAGUACAAGUGUUUUUCCCCCUGGUUGAAGCGUGCCGAAUCAACCAUGGAGAAGGCAGAGAAUGGCCAUGUUGUUUUCCUCUUUAUGCUUUGAUCACAGCUUUUUUUCUUGUGACACACUUACAGUAGCUGUCAGUUGGUGGCAACAUGUGAUUGUCCCACUUCUGUCUAAUUAAUUAAACAGUGUUCAGCCUCAUUUAGGAGCAGGGAAUACAACUGAACUGAGCAGGAAAAUCUGUGGAUCCACGACGGACCAGAUGAUCAAUGUUUCAUGUUUGACAAUGUGAACCGUAUUAUUAUUAUUGUGUGGCACAACUUAAUCUUGUCAUAUCCUGUUAUGUUAGAAGAGUGUUCGGAUGUAAGCUUCACUGAUGUCUGUAUGUUGCAGUCAGCCUUCACUGCCAACUGUAUGAAAAUGUUAGGACAAUAUAUAAGCUAUGUGAGAGAUAUAGACUGCAAAUGUUUAUGACUUAAGGCAUUUCAAAUCUGAAUGCAACACAAGUGAGAUGUCUGAUAAUGUAUAUAUCUCGUGAUGUAAAUCAAGGGUUAUCUUUAUUUUCGCUGAAAUGUUGUAGAGUAGAUGGUAGUACAUAAAUAUUUCAUAUACAUGUUGUGUGUGUGUGUGUGUGUGUGUGUGUGUGUGUGUGUGUGUGUGUGUGUGUGUGUUUUGUGCAAACAUGACAAUCAAUGCAAAAUUAAAAUAACUGAAAAAAUGCAGAGGUGUUGAAUAAAGCUUUACCACUGACACUCGAAAA